AUGGCUAGUACAGUCAGUAAGAGGCAGCAGGCUCGCAAUGAGCGUAUGCUGCAGGAUCUGUUAAAGGUGCCUGGGAACGACAGGUGUGCCGAUUGUGCUGCAAAGAAUCCAGCAUGGUCGAGUUGGAGCCUGGGAAUCUUCCUCUGCAUGAGCUGCGCCGCCCUACAUCGCAAAAUGGGAACCCACAUUUCCAAAGUCAAGUCGCUGAGCAUGGAUAGCUGGUCUCCUGAUCAGGUCGACAACAUGAAGCGCGUAGGAAAUGUCACAUCAAACCGCACUUUCAACCCACAGAACGUCAAGCCCGACAUUCCCACCGAUGCCGACGAGGUCGGCGGUGUCAUGGAACGCUUCAUCCGCCAAAAGUACGAGCACAAAGCCUUUGUUGGCCCAAGACCCAGAAGCCAUACAGUUGGAGGCACCAGUGUCAGUUCGAAUGAGGGUGUUCCACCACCUCUGCCGCCAAAGCCUGGAAAGAAGUUUGGUUUCUCGCUCGGUGUCCGCUCCUCGUCAGCCACUCAACAAAGAUUCACACCUCCCCUGUCGCCCGCAUUGACUGGUUCCGAUGGUCGCUCGACGCCGCCUAUUGGAAAGAUGAACAAGCCAUCGCGUGUAUUUGGAUCCAAUGUAGGAAAUCAGGAGGAAGAAACCUUUGACACAAAAUUGGCAUCGUUGAGAGAGAUGGGCUUCUCUAACGCACGCCGCAACUCGAUGGUUUUGAAGAAUGUAAAUGGGGAUUUGGACAAGGCAGUCGAGACGCUUGUGCGCUUGGGUGACACGACUUCAGGGGCACAGGGUACCCUGACACCCAUGUCAGGCAGUAGCUCUAACGCAAACGGCAUCUUCAUCGAGAAGCAAAGGGCACAGCCAGAAAAAGCCGCUUCCUCGACAAACCCCUUUGAUGCAUUGGACCUGCAACCUCCACGCCGCGCCUUUACUCAGCCCGCUCUCUCGACUGCAGCUCCGCAACCUUCGUACAACCCUUUUCUCCAGCCUCAAUCACAA